AUGAAGUUUCCAAGCACAACGCGAACCUGUAGCUAUAUACUUCAAAAUCAAAAUGUUCACAUUAUCCCGGGUUAUCGACAGAGCGUUCGUCAAUUUUUCCAACCAUCCUUCCUGGCAAGCAGAUUUUCAGAUUUAACUAGUAAGGUUCGGGAAUCAUAUCCGAUCAAAGAAAUAACCCCCAAAGAACUUCACUCAUCACUUGAUCUCUCUUCUCUCACGUCAAAAACGAAUCCGAUAAUCAUCGAUGUGAGAGAAAAAGAUGAACAAUUAAGAGGAAUCAUACCGACAGCCAUACCAUUACCACGUGGUGUUUUGGAAAGAGAUGUCGAGAGGAAGGUGGUUAGCGUGGACGAAAUUAAUUCUGCAGAAAACGAUAGGAAUGUGAUCGUCUAUUGUGCUGGUGGCUUGAGAAGCAUUAUGGCUGCAGAAAGUUUAAUUAGAUUGGGAUAUAAGAAGGAGAAUGUUAAAAGUUUGAAAGGAGGAUAUGAUGAGUGGAAAGAGAGCGGUUUUGAAGUAGCAGACUAUGAAACUUCAAAAAAAGCCUAA